AUGAGCGCAGGAAUCAUCCACUUCAAUGGUAACCUUCAAGACCUCAAGAAUGAGAUCAGACAAGCUAAGGGACUUGUCGUUGUCGACUUCUUUGCUACAUGGUGCGGCCCUUGCCAGCGUUUAGGCCAAAUCCUCCCAACUAUUGCUGAAGCUAACAAGGAUGUUACAUUCAUCAAGGUCGAUGUUGAUCAGAACGGCCCAGUUGCUGAACAAUUCGGAGUUUCAUCAAUCCCACAGAUCAAUUUUGUCAAGCCAGAAGGCGAAGACUACAAGGUUCUUGAUACAAUCAUCGGUGCCGAUGUCGCAAAGAUCAAGGCUAACAUCGAAAAGUUCAAAUAA